ACCCUCAUCAGUCAUCCAUGAUGCUCAGGAGUCUUGCGUUGUCAACGGUUCUUUUGUUCGUCGUCGCCGGCAACAGCGACAUUGGCGGCCAUGGCCUCCAUGGAUGGGAUAUCAGUGCUCAUGCCACAUUCUACGGCGACAUCCAUGGCGAUGAAACCAUGAUGGGAGCUUGUGGGUAUGGAGACCUGUUCAAGCAAGGGUAUGGACUGAAGACGACGGCCCUGAGCACGGUCCUUUUCAACAACGGAGCGACUUGUGGAGCCUGCUACGACAUAAUGUGCAUCCAUUCCCCCUGGUGCUUGCCCAACCGGCCCGUCAUCCGGGUCACCGCCACCAACUUUUGCCCGCCCAACUACAGCAAGCUGACCGAGGUCUGGUGCAACCCGCCCCAAAAGCACUUCGACCUCUCCAUGCCCAUGUUCCUCAAGAUCGCUCGCUACCGCGCUGGGAUCGUGCCCGUAGCGUUUCGCCGAGUGACAUGUGAACGGAAGCAAGGAGGGAUGAGGUUCGAGUUGAAAGGGAACGAGUGGUGGCUGCUGGUGCUGGUGUACAACGUCGGGGGAGACGGGCAAGUGGUGGAGGUGAAGAUCAAAGGGACGAGGACAGAUUGGGUGGCGAUGACCCGAAAUUGGGGUCAGAAUUGGCAAACCCGGGUCGGCCUCCGAGGCCAGGCCUUGUCCUUCCGGGUCACCACCAGCGACGGGAAGGCGGUCCAGUCCGACAACGUGGCGCCGCCCGAUUGGCAGCUCGGCAAGACUUAUGAGGGCAGAAAUUUCCCAUAUUUACGGUCUAUGCUUGAAGUUUGA